AUGGCCUCCGCCGACCACGACCCUCUCGUACUCCUUCGCAAAGCCAUCUCCAGCAGCCAGCCCUUCAUUCCCAGCGCGUCAGACGACCCGGGCGCCAAAGAAUGUCCCCUCUCCGAAGCAAGCCACCUGCAAUUCUCAGCCCAGGGCAUCGCCCUCGCCAUCGAGACCCCGACGCGCUUCAUCUCCAACGACAAACCCGUCGAUCUGCGCAGCAUCUAUUUUGCCUGGCUGAAUCGCGAGCUCGCCAUCCCAGAGUACAAUGCUUCGGCAACGACGCUCAACGAGCAGCUCGCGGCGGCCGGGUCGACGGGCAAGGUGCAGAACCUGGGCUUCAUCGAACGACUCGACCUGAUCACCUGGCUCGAGGCGGCCAGCGAGGAGAGCGAAUACAUCAAACCUGUUGCCGGGGAUGCGGAUGCUGCCGCUGCCGCUGCCGCCGCCGCCGGCACGGCUCCCGCGACCAAAUCCGGAGCCGUGUCGACCGCGGCGCAGGCCAGGGCCGGCAAGGGCACCAUGGAUCCGCGCCUGGCGAGCGUCUACGAUGGAGAGCGCAGGAUGGGAGACCGCAACACGGUACUGAGGGGGAUCAAGCCGACAGACUUCUCGCACGUUCGCAAGCUCGCGGCGCCGUUUAUCCAAAAGAAGGCCCAGGCGGUCUCCGCCCCCGGCGCGGCAUCCUCCCUCUCCCUCAACCAGAAAGGCCCGACUAGGAGACCGGACCCCAUCAUCCUCCUCUCGCCGUCGGCCUCGUCGCUCCUCCGCAUGUCCAACGCGAGGUCCUUCCUCGAGGACGGCAAGUUCGUGCCCCCCGACGCCAGCGCCUCGACAGCCAGCAUGCUCCACGUCCAGCGCGUCAUCCGGGCCAUCGACCCCAACCGCCCCCUGCGCUUCAUCCUCGUAGAGGGCUCCGAGCAGUUCAAGCCCGAGUACUGGAACCGCGUGGUGGCCGUCUUCACCACCGGGCAGACGUGGCAGUUCAAGAACUACAAGUGGAGCAGCCCCAACGAGCUGUUCAAGCACACGCUCGGCGUCUUUGUGGGCUGGCGCGGGGAGCAGGCCCCCGAGAGCAUCCGCAGCUGGGGCCACAGGGUGCUGUCGACGGGCGUCGAUCGAUGGCGCGGCGGCGACGGCGCCGACGCUUCUCGCUUCAGAGACAAGGAGGUCGUGGAGCAGAUUUGGAAGUCGAUUGAGAUGAAUAUGCGAAGCAAGGGCUGGCGAUUCGAUGCCGCGCCCACGGCGAUAUAA